AUGGCCAGGGGCUCGAAAGCCGUCAGAAAAGGUCAGCUCGGUUCUCCCCUCUCUUGCUCUGAGUCUUGUACCGAAAACUGCACUAGAGGGCACUCAGUCCCUGCCCGGGUCUUGUUGAGCCAGAUUGGGAACAAGUUUCAGCAGCGAGACAUUCUGUCGCUCAUGAUUUCUGAGCAUCCAGCAUGCGGAACCUGUAGAAAGAAGUGCCGCAAGUGUGACCGCGCGCGCCCUGUCUGCAAUCGAUGCAAGUCAAAGGGCUUACACUGUGAGGGCUACCCUCCUCGAUUCCAAUUCUGUGAAUCAUUACAGACGCACAGUUUGAUGACCGCUGGCGAUGAGCGGGACCCAGAAGCGGAGCAAGAGCGCGUUCAGCCUGAUGUCCUACCCACCAACGAGCUUACUCCGACCCAAAACCUGAGCUCACCAACAUCGACUCCAAGUUCACUUUCUUCAGAUCACCCAAGCCAAAGCCGCCGCCUCCUCCAGACUUUGUCACAAGGUGCUUCUCCAGCCUCGCCCCAAGAUCGAUCUCUUGGCGCACCGUCACCGGCGACAAUCACCGGGCACCCUGUCGACGAUCUACUGCUCACGAGUAACAGCCAGAAAUUGCUUGUUUACUUCGACAGAGAGCUGAGCCAUCAUCUAACAAUUGUCGUUGAAGGCGUGGACAACCCGUUCCGCGUACAUGUCCUCCCACUGGCCUACAAUCACACAGGUGUUCUCCAUGCAGUCCUGGGACUUACCGCGUGCCAUCUGCACCUAUCACCAUCAGGUGCUAACCAGGUUGACAUGGCCACUGCCUUACAACACCGUGUUGCUGCAUUGAACGGUCUAAGCUCCCUUUUAAUCAAGGAAGAAAUCUACGGACUUACAGAAGCUGAAGAAGAGGCUGCACUAGCAAUAAUCUUCCUUUUGGUACUUCAUGAUGUAAGCUCCAAGACCCAUUUCAAGUUUCUCCGCAGCGCGAGUCUCGUUGGCUAA